GCUUCAGAAAGCUAUCCGACGUUGUAAAACUUACUCGCUAUGGCCCGUACCAAGCAGACCGCUCGUAAAUCCACCGGAGGAAAGGCUCCUCGUAAGCAACUGGCCACAAAGGCAGCCCGCAAAAGUGCCCCGGCUACCGGAGGAGUGAAGAAGCCUCAUCGUUAUCGGCCAGGAACUGUCGCUCUUCGUGAAAUCCGUCGUUAUCAAAAAUCGACUGAGCUUCUGAUCCGUAAACUUCCGUUCCAGCGUUUGGUUCGUGAAAUCGCUCAGGAUUUCAAAACCGACUUGCGUUUCCAGAGCUCUGCUGUUAUGGCUCUCCAGGAAGCUAGUGAAGCUUAUUUGGUUGGUCUGUUUGAAGAUACCAAUCUGUGCGCAAUCCAUGCCAAGCGUGUGACCAUCAUGCCAAAGGACAUCCAGCUGGCACGCCGUAUCCGUGGAGAGCGUGCUUAAGCUUGCUUAAGAAAAACGCUAUUUUGACUGAUCUCAACUUAUCCGUAAAUGUACAAAAAACGGUCCUUCUCAGGACCAACAAUUUUUUUUCAACAAGAGUCGAUUUCAAUUUUCAAUCACAAUUUUAACUUAAAAUUUUAUCUAGCUUUUUAAAAUUCUUGCUAUCGUUCAAUUUGAAUUUAUAAACCCACUCCGGGGAGAGAAAACAUCAAAAAAAACAGCACCGACAUUUUAAUUUCUUCCUAAUUGCAAGUACAAACGGCGUCACACAACUAAUUUAUGAAAAUUCUUGAGUGGAUCGCGGAGAUUCGCGGGUUCGAAACCCAAUUUGUGGUUACCUAAGUUCCAAUAGGUUGCCCGAAAACUGAGCCAAGUCAGUUUUGUUUUAUUUUUACACAAUUUUAUGACGUUCUUUGUAUUCUGGAUCACACAUAAAAAAUAGUUAUUUGAAUGACUUCGAUUCAACAGUA